UUUAAUAUGUGAACUUCAACCCGGAAAAGCUAGAUUGAGUUGAUUUUUGUCCUCGGAUGAGGUGAAUCUGUCAAAAUCAUGUCCACAAAUAAGAGGAUAACGCUUAUAUUUGGAGGCUUUAUUGCAGCUGUUGCUGUGGCUUUUUAUCCAAUAUUUUUCCAUCCCCUCACUCACUCUGAAGACUACAAGCAGGUCCAGAAGACGAAUCGAUCUGGAGUCAAUCAAGCAGAUGUGCAGCCUGUUGGUGUGAAGAUCUGGUCUGAUCCCUACAAGCCAAAAUCAUGAUUCCAGUGAUACAUGUGUGGAUGAAAACUGAAUGAAUAUACAUGAGGAGGACUGAUGUGUAACUCAGUGAGGAGGAUUGUGUAUUUGUGACACACUUACAAUAGCUAUUUGCCACCAUGCAAAUGAGGCUUUAAGUGUGUGUGUGUGUGUGUGUGUGUGUGUGUGUGUGUGUGUGUGUGUGU